AUCUAUUGACUCCCCGGGAAGUCUGAGGUCACAGGCUUGGCUGGAGCACAUGAGCCCAGAUAAUGAAGAUGGUUUUGCCCUCUUGAAACAAAGGCAGAAACUUUAUCUACUUCACUGUGCACUUUGGGUCAUGUGCUAACGAUGAGGAUUUCUGUAAUACUAAUCCCCCUAAUGAUGGCUUCUCCCAGCCCUUACACAAACCUACAAGGCCUCGUGGCUUGGCAAGCCAGAUAGAAUAAAGGCAGCACGGCGUUUGGCUUUUGAACUGAGUUCAAGGCAAUUAAAGUCAUGGGCAAAGGGAGGAAAGGAGGGGUUUAGAAAUACCAGCAUAAUAAGUCUUAUAACUGGGGCUCUCUGUAAAUUAACUCAAUUAGACAGAGCCUGGUUUAACAGGGGAAGAUGGUGGGAAGCACUGCCCUCAUUAAAUCUGGCUGUUAGAGGCGCUUCUAAUGGAAUUAAAUUUGUUUUAGUUGUUUGAAUCACAUAAAACAGUCUGUGCAUGUGCACGUACACAUGUGCAUAUUCGUGGGUUCUGUGAUUUUUGUGAGUAUUUUUUAAAGAGGAGAGGAAUAGAAAGAAAAACAAAAAUAUACCAAAAAAAAAAAAACAAACCCUCCAAAAUCAAAAACUGAGUGAAUGUUCCAGAUCUCAAGAGUGGAAGACAAGGAGAAAGGCAGGAUAGAAGCAAGGAGCGGAAAGCGAGCGAGUUUUCCCAAUUAUAAAGCCAUGAGCCCCCUUUGGUUGGGGCUGCUGCUCCGCUGGCUGGGCUGUGGAAUCCCGCCUGGAGCCUGGGCACAGUUCCCCCGGGCCUGCAUGACGGUGGGCAGCCUGCUGGCCAAGGAGUGCUGCCCGCCGCUGGGCGUGGAGCCGGCCAACGUCUGCGGCUCUCAGGAGGGCCGGGGCCAGUGCACAGAGGUGCAAGCUGACACCAGGCCCUGGAGUGGUCCUUAUGUCCUGCGCAACCAGGAUGACCGAGAACGCUGGCCAAGGAAGUUCUUUGACCGGACCUGCAAGUGCACAGGAAACUUUGCUGGCUAUAACUGUGGGGACUGCAAGUUUGGUUGGACCGGCCCCAACUGCGAUCAGAAGAAACCACCAGUUGUUCGGCAGAAUAUCCAUUCCUUGACUCCUCCAGAGAGGGAGCAGUUCUUGGACGCCUUAGACCUUGCAAAGAACACCACGCACCCUGACUACGUGAUCACCACGCAACACUGGCUUGGCCUGCUUGGGCCAAAUGGGACCCAGCCACAGAUUGCCAACUGCAGCAUUUAUGAUUUCUUUGUGUGGCUCCAUUAUUAUUCUGUUAGAGAUACAUUAUUAGGACCAGGGCGCCCAUACAAGGCCAUCGAUUUCUCACACCAAGGACCCGCCUUUGUUACAUGGCACCGGUACCAUUUGUUGUGGCUGGAAAGAGAUCUCCAGCGACUUACUGGCAACGAGUCCUUUGCUUUGCCCUACUGGAACUUUGCCACUGGGAGGAACGAGUGUGACGUGUGUACAGACCAGCUUCUCGGGGCAGCAAGACAAGAGGAUCCAACGCUGAUUAGUCAGAACUCAAGAUUCUCCAGCUGGGAAAUUGUCUGUGAUAGCUUAGAUGACUACAACCACUGGGUCACCCUGUGUAAUGGAACCUAUGAAGGUUUGUUGAGAAGAAAUCGAGGGGGAAGAAACAGUGAGAAAUUGCCAACCUUAAAAGACAUACAAGAUUGUCUGUCUCUCAAGAAGUUUGACAACCCACCUUUUUUCCAGAACUCUACCUUCAGCUUCAGGAAUGCCCUGGAAGGGUUUGAUAAAGCAGAUGGCACCCUGGACUCUCGAGUGAUGAGCCUUCAUAAUUUGGUUCAUUCCUUCCUGAACGGGACAAAUGCAUUGCCACAUUCUGCCGCCAAUGAUCCCAUUUUUGUGGUCCUUCAUUCCUUUACCGAUGCCAUUUUUGAUGAGUGGAUGAAAAGAUUCAAUCCUCCCGCAGAUGCCUGGCCUCAGGAGCUGGCGCCCAUUGGUCACAAUCGGAUGUAUAACAUGGUUCCUUUCUUCCCUCCGGUGACCAAUGAGGAGCUCUUUUUAACUGCAGACCAACUUGGCUACAGCUACGCCAUUGAUCUGCCAGUUGAAGAAACUCCAGGUUGGACCACAGCCCUCUCAGUGGUUAUGGGAAUGCUGGUGGCUUUGGUUGGUCUUUUUGCGCUGCUGGUUUUCCUUCAGUAUAGAAGACUUCGAAGAGGAUAUACACCCCUAAUGGAGACACAUUUAAGCAAGAGAUACACAGAAGAAGCCUAGGAUGCUCAUGCCUUACCCUAGAGGAGAGGCUGGCCAAGUUGUAGUUCUGACCCUGACAAUGAACAAACUAAUCCCCACUUUCUUCCUUUAGUUGAAGACCUUUGGCAUAGCUCCUCCUAUUGUGGUGAUGACCCCAAACACAGAAGAUGCUUAGCUGUAGUCUGGUUUGCUUGUUUAACAAACUCAAGCUAAAGUGCUCGAGGCUAUCUCUACCAUCAAACAAAGGCAGAGCUGACGAUUUGUGGUAUCUCAUAAGUGCCCACGUUGAUUUAGCUUCUUCGUGUUCUGAGAUCAUCAAAAAAAAAAAAAAAUCAAUAGAGUGGAUUCAUUUUAAUUUGCAGGUUAGUGUAAUUUGAGACCUGGACAAGAUCAUGGUUCAAUCUUCCUUAACCCCAGUGUCUUCAUUUGUAAUGCUGUGGGGGUAGGGGAUAGCAGGUGCUACAUGAGUCUCCAAGAUCCCUUUAAACUAUAAACAUCUAUGCUUUUAGAUGCCUUCUUGAUAAUUUUCCUGAGGCUUAUUUUUCUUCUUUGCUCUGUCUUUUCUUCUCCAGCCUUUAAAAUGGCCUUGAAGAUGAAAACAGGCCUUAUUUUCCAAAUAGGACGGAGAAUAAAUGAAUGAAUGAAUGA